AUGGGCAUCAGAUUUUUAGAAGUUAUCAAACCUUUCUGUGCAGUUCUACCAGAAAUUCAGAAACCUGAAAGGAAAAUCCCCAUAUUUGGAAUCAUGUCAUCAGAUUCUGCAGAUCCUUUCUCCUGGAUGAGAGUUAUUCUUGCAUUCAACAGAGGAACUUUAAUGGAAUUGGGUAUAUCCCCAGUUGUAACAUCUGGUUUGAUUAUGCAGUUGUUAGCUGAAGCCAAAAUCAUUGAAGUUGGAGAUAUACCCAAAGACAGAGCCCUAUUCAUUGGAGCCCCAAAACUGUCUGGUAUGAUCAUUACCAUUGGGCAAGGCAUUGUGUAUGUCAUGACGGACGUGUAUGGGGAUCCUGCUGAAAUGGGUGCUGGAAUCUGUCUCCUUAUCAUCAUUCAGUUUGUUGCUGGUUUGAUUGUGCUGCUGUUAGAUGAGCUGCUACAGAAGGGUUACGGCUUGGGGUCUGGGAUUUCCCUCUUUAUUGCCACCAACUUCUGUGAAACCAUUGUCUGGAAGGCCUUUAGUCCCACUACCAUUAACAGUGGCAGAGGUACAGAGUUUGAGGGUGCAGUCAUAGCUGUCUUUCAUUUACUGGCCACCAAGACAGACAAAGGUCGAGCUCUAAGGGAGGCUUUCUAUCGUCAGAAUUUACCCAAUCUCAUGAACCUCAUGGCUACAGUUUUUGUGUUUGCUGUUAUAUAUUUUCAGGGAUUUCAUGUGGAUCUUCACAUUAAGUCGGCCCAGUACCGAGGGCAGUACAGCAGCUACCCCAAGCUCUUCUACACCUCCAACAUCCCCAUCAUCCUGCAGUCGGCCCUGGUGUCCAACCUGUAUGUUAUUUCCCAGAUGCUGUCAGUUCGAUUUUUAGUAAAUUUACCAGGCAACUUUUUAGUAAAUUUACCAGGACAGUGGGCUGAUGUCAGUUGGGGAGGACCUGCUUGUUCUUACCCAGUGGGGGGCCUUUGUUACUACCUUUCUCCUUCUGAGUCCAUGGGCGCCAUAUUUGAGGAUCCUGUCCAUGUGGUUGUUUAUAGCAUCUUCAUGUUGGGAUCAUGUGCAUUCUUUUCUAAGAUGUGGAUAGAGGUGUCUGGUUCCUCAGCCAAAGAUGUAGCUAAACAGCUUAAAGAACAGCAAAUGGUAAUGAGGGGCCACAGGGAUACCUCUGUGGUUCAUGAGCUUAAUAGGUACAUCCCCACGGCGGCUGCGUUUGGGGGCUUGUGCAUCGGCGCCCUGUCCGUGUUGGCUGACUUCCGUCGGGGCCAUCGGCUCAGGCACUGGAAUUCUGCUUGCAGUCACUAUUAUUUAUCAGUAUUUUGA